UAAUUGUUAAUUGUUGAGGAGGUCACAAUUUAUUCGGACUGAAAUUAAGUUGAAGUUAAAAUGGCAGUGAAAGUGUUAAUUGUUAUUGGGCUCAUCAACUUUUGUUUUGUGUUUGGCGAUGUGGCUCAUUUGAACUUAACUUCAUCAGAAACCAACGAAACUGAUCGCGACAUCGCGAAUAUAGGCAAUGAUACUCUCCAACAACAACCAGGUUCCCGUCAUACACGUCAACAGGCCGAGGAAGAGUUUAACGUGAAUAUGUAUCCAGAAUCUGGAUACACAUACAAAAAACCGGAAAUCCCAUUUGAAACUGGAAAUUUGGACAAUGGUGGCUAUAAAUAUCCGAAACCAGUUAAUCCAAUGACAUACCCACCCCCACAAAGCUCCACCACUACUGAUCAAUCAUUUCCUGACGCUACAGCCAGAUAUCGUCUGAAGUAAUGGACAAUCUAGAAUUAUUUAGUUUUAAGUGAUUAGUAUGCAAGAUUCA